CAGAUUGCAGUGUGGGACAGGUGAGGUGUUUAGUCAGUGCAAUGGCGAGUGGGAUGUUCAGGAGAAGUCAUGUUUUGGUGUAGAGAGAAGGUGUGGGGUUCAUUUGGCUUGAGGUGAUCAUCUGCUGGGCGGGGCAGUUCUAGCCUGCGUCAGUGUUGUGGUGUCGUUUGUGUAGUUUGUGUUCUGUGUCCUAUACCAUACUUAGGUUUUGAUGGUCACCCCCUGCUCUUUGCGCUCAGAGAGCUCGGUGUGCACCUUAGUAGGCAUUCAUAGGGUCUUGACUGCAUUGUCUCAUUGACAUUGUGCCAGUUGUGCACUUCUUGUCUAGCAAAGCCAGAAGUGUGGAUCUAUCUUGUGUGUUUUGCACCACAGUUGUCAUCUUUGCAGCAGUGAUCCAGGCUGUGUCAGCAGCUCUUGAGUGUUCAAUUUCCACAGUGUCCUCUUUUGGGGUUUCUUCUCUGCAUCCUUAGUCUUAGGUCUUGGUGCUUGGCUGCUUGGGCAUCUGUUGUCCCAGUUUUGACUAACAUUCUGUCCACAGGCCACGGUGUUUGACUGCGUUUCCCAGGUCCGCCACAGAGCAUCUGUGCCAUGCUGUUGUGGCACUGUAGGCCUUCUCCCCUGGCAGCAUCUUCCCUCCUCUGGGAGUUGUUUUGCGUGUGGUGUUUUUGCAUAUUACGGUCAUGUUGUGUCCAGUGUGGGCCUGUGUGCGUGCUUGGGGUGGAGCUGUCGUUGGGCGCUGCACAAGCUCUCCCUGACUGCCAGAGCCAGGCUGCAAGAGUCUCCCAGCACCGCAGUCCCGAUGGCCCGUCUCCACCGCUCCUCGCUCCGCCGCAGGCGGCCUCAACCUGCCCGGCCGCCGCUCUCAGCGCCCCCCGCCAGCCGCUGCGCCCCCGCCGCCUUUUCCCGGUACGGCCCGCCGCCAGCUGUGGCCCGACGGGGGCGGAGCCAGGGCGCGCUGCUUCCGCUACCACGCCUCCGUGGCGGAAGGGGCCCUUGGGCAGCGGGAGAGCUUCCGGGGCGGAGGCAGCGCCGGGGCGAGCGGCCGCGGCAUGACGACGCUCCGCGCCUUUACCUGCGACGACCUCUUCCGCUUCAACAACAUCAACCUGGACCCGCUGACGGAGACCUAUGGGAUCCCCUUUUACCUGCAGUAUCUGGCCCACUGGCCCGAGUAUUUCAUUGUCGCCGAGGCGCCCGGCGGGGAGCUCAUGGGUUACAUAAUGGGUAAAGCCGAAGGCUCUGUGGCUAGAGAAGAAUGGCAUGGACACGUUACUGCUCUCUCUGUUGCACCAGAAUUUCGGCGGCUGGGUUUGGCUGCUAAAUUGAUGGAACUACUAGAAGAAAUUUCAGAAAAAAAGGGUGGAUUUUUUGUUGAUCUCUUCGUGAGAGUGUCAAAUCAGGUUGCGGUAAAUAUGUAUAAGCAACUGGGCUACAGUGUGUACCGGACAGUAUUAGAGUACUACUCUGCUAGCAAUGGAGAACCAGAUGAAGAUGCUUAUGAUAUGAGAAAAGCUCUUUCCAGAGAUACGGAGAAGAAAUCCAUCAUACCUCUGCCUCAUCCUGUGAGGCCAGAAGACAUUGAGUAACUGUAAGAUGUGAUUCUCAGUCAACUUACUAAGGGCGUCAGGUUCCUUCACCCCUCAGCCCCCAGGAAUUUAUGGAUGAGAAGUCAUAGGCUCAGUGGUUUUCCCCAUAAAAUACCAAAAAGCAAUAUUGAGAAGCUUACUAAUACUGCUUCUGUUGUUAAUGGCUGCAUACUCCUGCGCUUAUCCCAUUAUUUUUCCUUUCGAAUAUUGGAAAUUCAGAGACUAUUAAAAUAAAAUUAUCUCAUGUAUGGUGUUUUCUUUCAAACCAAAAUAACUGAAGUCAGUAACAGUAAAAACUCUUUAAAUGCAUUUAUUCAUGACCAGCGAAAGUACUGUGCAAUACCCAAAAAAACAGCAGGGAAAGGCACUGUAUUAAUAUUUGCAUAGAAGAUAAACCCGCUAUACAUGAUGUAGAAGUAUCUUUUCCCCUCUUCAUGGCACAGGCAUGUGACUGAACUUAAGUUCACUGUUGACUUGAAAAAGCCAAGACAGCUCAAGCAGUCAAGGCUUUCUCUCCACUGUGGACCAGAUUCAAGACAAAUUCUGUGUUAAUGUGCUGUGUCUGCUGAAGUAAUCAGUGGUAAAGAUUUGUUUUCUCAUACUCUUGCUCGAUUUCAAGGUCAGCGUAGGAUUUCCAAAGAACCUGCAAAAGCAAGAUAUCUCCUUACAUUUACAGCAUCUUCAAACAAAGCUAUAUCCAACACUGAGAUAAUGUAUUUUUUUUUUUAUGGAGACGCAUGAAUAAAUGUGGAAUUUGCUGAAA